GUUCAGGACUAUUGUGCGAGCCUUUGGUCCUCCAAAGGAGAAAGUUAUCGGUGAAACCUGCGAUCCACCUAUCCCUGGACCCGGGCAGGUAUUGGUACGGAUGCUGCUCGCCAGUAUCAAUCCCUCGGAUCUGAUUCCAAUCACGGGUGCCUACCGUACGAGAACUUCGCUGCCCUUCGUCCCGGGAUUCGAGGGGGUGGGUGUCAUCGAGGCAGUCGGGUCCCAUGUUUCUGAAUUGAAGGUUGGCGACCGUGUAUUGCCACUGGGAAGCGCAGGCGCCUGGCAAGAGUUCAAGCUCAGCGAAGAACAAUGGUGCUUUCCAGUACCCGCCGAUCUCACCGACCAGCAGGCUGCAACGGCCUAUAUCAAUCCACUUACCGCCUGGAUGAUGACCAAGGACUAUGCACCAGCUCCUCCAGCUAUGGUGGUAGUCAAUGCUGCUACUUCUGCUAUCGGCCAGAUGAUCAUUCGGAUGCUCAAUCGAGUUGGCGUGCGACCAAUUGCGCUAACCAGGCGACCCGAUGCUCUAGGACAAUUGAUGAGUAGAUCCGACGUGACAGCAGUGAUCUGCCCAUCUGAUGGCGAUCUCAAACCAAGACUCACGAGUUGACGGAAGGUCGAGGCCUUACUGUCGCAUAUGACGCUGUUGGUGGAAGUGAGGGUAGUGAUCUAGCUCGCUCACUCGCUCGUGGCGGCACUCUUAUCCACUACGGGCUUUUAUCCGGUGUGCCCUUAUCUCCUGGGCUGUACCAGGAAUGCCCAGAUGUCCAG